AUGGAUGCUCUCCAGAUGUAUAAAUCCCUGUCCCAGCUCAACGACUGGCCCACGCAACGCCCAAUCUCGCGUCUGACGGCGAAAUUCGUGCUGGACUACGUACUUACCAGCGGGAUUUCCGAUGAUGUUGAACUGGUCUCCCUCGCCUACAGAGCCAUCGAGUGCUGGGCAUCCGUGUUCCAGCAUUUCGAUCCAGAGGACCAAGGGUUCAUCCCGAGUGAUGUCUUCCACGAAGCGUUGUCAGCCUCCGGCUACAACGUGAGCAAGUACUACGUGAGGUGCCUUCUUCGAGCGUCUGAACGUUUAGGCCAGGUGUCCUUCGACAACUUCGUCAAGGCGUGCGCUACAACCGCAAAGGUGCAUCCGUGA